AUGUAUUGUGACAUGUCUUUGUUCGAUCAGAAAGGGUGUCUUCUCUGGAACGGAGUCUACCGCUGUGCUUCCCAGGACAAGGGAAACUGCUCUGCUGGAUUUGUGCAUGUGAACCCCACCCCCACCCCUGGCUGGUCUGACGUGACUGCGGCCCACGUUGCUGUUGGCUCCGUCGUUGGAAACGCUCUCGGACUCGUCGACACUGAGGGAAACAUGCAGUCCUACCUUGGCUCUGAGCAGAGCGCUGCCGUUUCUGCUGGAGUGCACUAG